GAGGCCAGGGAUUGAAUCCACAUCCUCAUGGAUACUAGUUGGGUUUGUUACUGCUGAGCCAUGACAGGAAUUCGGUACCUUUUUAUUUCUAACAUUAUGAAUUAAUCUGCCAUUGCACAGCAACCAUUUGUUUACCAAGCAGAGAUUUUCCUAAUUUGUGGGGUGUCUGCGGUGAUGGGGGAGGCCUUGAGGUAGGGGAGAUGCUGAGCAGACUAUGAGGGAGAAGCAGAUGGUGUCCUGAGUCCACAGGAAAUCCCCGAUUUCCAAGGCAUUUCUUUGCUCAGCUGUAUUUUUCCAAAGUUGUAUCUGCAUCCUCUCUAGUUUGCAGAGGGAAAUUUUGUUUUAAUCUGAAGAAGAACAAGGAAGUGAUAACUAAGGUCUGGAUGAAGGGAAGAAAUAGCAGAUAAAAAGUAGUGUUAGCAUAUUUUGAUAGGAUUAUAGGAGAAGCUGGAGUGAAAUGUGAAAAUUCUCGGCCUAUCUUGAAGAAAUCGAGGUAUAAAAUGCUCUUUUCCCCCCUUCUUGGAUGGUUACAAAAGGCAGGGGAGGCCCAGUCCCAAAGCAGCUGCAGGCUCUGGUCCAAAGAGCAGACUAUGGACAAGGCAGUAGGAGGGGCAGAGCUGAGUCAUCAGCACAGCUUCUCCUAUAACCGUGAAAACCAGAGUGGAGGGGUCACAGGAUGAAACCAUCAGACCUGGGGCAAUGGCAGGUCCCAGAAUGACUAGACAAGCCGGGAGACAGGCUUGUGGGCAGGUCAGGUAGAUGCGGAAUGAGUAGCCUGAGAUCAGCUGUGGAAGGUUCAGAGCUGGGGGGGAAGCCAAGACGAGAAAAACAGAGGCCCAGAGAAAUGGAAUGGAUUGCACAUCAGGCCAGACCCGGGCCUGGAAUGUCAGCCUCCCAGGUUUUCCGCCGUUUCCGUUGCCUGGAAGUUGGUUCUUGUUUUCCAGGUAUGCCCUUUCUUUUUGCCUCCCCACCCUGUCAUGCGUCACCUUGCAGAACUCACUGCCCUGUCCCCAAAGUCACUUCUUUGUGCUUCUGCCCAUCAGUCAGCUGGUGAGUAUGGAGAGCGCCUCAACCGCGGCAUCUCGCUGGGCGGAAACCGGGAGCUGAGUCAGCAACGCUGAACCGCCUUUGGAACAAACACCACACAGCGCAUCCACGGGACACGGCGUGGAGGCAUCGGGAGGACGUUUUGGAUGCUCAGCCCGACCGGGAUGUUCAGCGCCUGGAGAGCGUCCAGGGGAGAGCGAAGGGCACGGCGGGUGGGGUAAGAGGAGACCAAAGGAUGCUGGUGACGUGGCGGAGAGGCAAGGCUCGUCAUGCUGGACUUAUGCUCCAUCCCGGACCGCGUCGCGAGGAACUGGCACAAACACUCCCUACCAGGGUUCUCAAACCUCUUUAAACCAUAGCCUGCCUAGGCAGGGCAGAAGACCUGCCCCACCUGCUCCUGCUUGACAGAGAAGCAGAAACAAGCGCAAUGAGAAUUUGGAGAGGAAUAAAGUAACCAUCAACAUGGUAACAUGGCAGAAGUUAGGUGAAAGCCAUAGGAUCAGCAAGAGAAACCAAACACUGCCUAAUACCAGAGCAGCAACUCCGAAACCACUCAGAUCAAUCCUGAGGAUCCUGGACCCUGGGAUCCCAGCUGCUGGCCUGCAUGGGCUUCCUGCCUCCAGCUUCUCCGAAGACUUCGGUAAAUCCCAGCCAUCUCGUAAUUUUGGAUGACAAAGGCCGGGUCAUGAGUGAGAAGUAAGAAUGGGACUUAAUGGGCUCUUUUGCAGGAGUUCGAGGCCUCUCAGAGGACACUCAUGGUCUGUUGCUUUACACGCCUAACCCAGACUUUAGAUGGUAGAGAGGCGGGGUGGGACGGGAGGCAGCAGGACCAUAAGAAUUGCCGUCUCUGUGAAUGUUUUCACGAUGAGCUUCCGGGCCCUUGCCCUCGCAGCAGUGGAUGGAGAACGAGAGAAAAGGAAGCGUCUUUACCCUCCUUCCCCCUCACUCGGUCAUUUCUGGGCGUGUAUCCGAUCCCACUCAGUCAUCCCUGUCACCUCCUGACUCAGUCUUUCUCUCUGGCAGGAGCCAGCUUGGCUGGGGGUCUCUCAGUGCCAUCUCCUUCAGGAAAUGUCCCUGUUCCCCACGGAUACUUUCUAAGGGUAAACAGGGGCUUGCUCUGUGUUAGGCCUCUGCCAUUCACUUCGCUCUCCUGAAACUUCCCACAGCCUUGCCAGGUAAGAAAUACGCCCCUCUUUCUGUAGAGGAGAAAAUAGUUGAGGUCUCCUGGAAGCUGGACACCUUGCUCCUGUCCCGGCUAGUGACAGGAGCAGGACCCAGCCCUCGGACCACCCAGCCUCAGAGCCACACCUGGUGGGGCUGGGGCUCCCCGACUCCACUUCUGCUUCCCCUUCUCCACCAGCUCCUGUGCCCUGACAGGGGUAGGCUCUGCUUUGGAAAAACUGUCACUUUACUUCACCUCCUGACCCCAACACUACUUCCAAAUGUAACUACUGUUAUCCAUGUCGAGAAUAUUCCUUCAGACUCUUCUAUGUGCACAUAGGAGUGAGUGUGUGUGCACACGUGUGUGUGUGUGUGAAGUUUUUCUGACUGUUCAGAGUUCUGUAAUCUACAUAUCUUUAUUCUAAAUCACUGACCGUUCCAAAUCGUAGAUUGCAAAGGAGCAAGAUAAGUACACAUUUAAAUCAGUAUACACAGCACUUGCCCAAAGGAACACCCACUCUUGGUGAUUUUUAGGGGCACUUGAGUUGGAGAGAGAGGUGGAAGGCAGGAUCCCUCUGUGGAGACCUGAGGUCGCCAAGGAAGAGAGUGAACGGUGACCAGCUCACCAGCCCUGUGGGAGUGCAUAGGAUGUGUGUGUGUGUGUGUGUGUGUGUGUGUGGUGCCGAGGGAAGGGGAGCAGCGGGGGGUGGGGGGGGAGCUGGGAGGCAGGAGGCGGAAUGUGGGCUGGGCCAAGUUUAGAAUUACAAGUGCCGCAGAGGAGUGGGAAUCACACUUUAAAUAGCCAGCACCUCCCCUUCCCCCUAGAUAUUCUCCCCUCUGACCAGACCUCUGGCAGUGACUGCACUAAGGUUGGUGACAUUUUCUUCUCUUCUUUUCCUGCUUCCAGGUCUCAGACAGCAGGUGGAAUGGAUAGCAGGGUUUCAGGCACAACCAGUAAUGGAGAGACAAGACCAGUGUACCCAGGCAUGGAAAAGGCGGAGGAGGAUGGCACCCUGGAGCGGGGCCAGUGGACCAACAAGAUGGAGUUCGUGCUGUCCGUGGCCGGGGAGAUCAUUGGGCUGGGCAACGUCUGGAGGUUCCCCUACCUCUGCUACAAAAACGGGGGAGGUGCCUUCUUCAUCCCCUACCUCAUCUUCCUCUUCACCUGCGGCAUCCCCGUCUUCCUCUUGGAGACAGCGCUGGGCCAGUACACCAGCCAGGGGGGCAUCACAGCCUGGCGGAAGAUCUGCCCCCUCUUUGAGGGCAUCGGCUACGCCUCCCAGAUGAUCGUCGUCCUCCUCAACGUCUACUACAUUGUCGUCCUGGCCUGGGCCCUCUUCUACCUCUUCAGCAGCUUCACUGUCGACCUGCCCUGGGGGAGCUGCCGCCACCACUGGAACACAGAGCACUGCGUGGAGUUCCAGAGGACCAACGGCUCCCUGAAUGUGACCUCCGAGAACGCCACCUCUCCCGUCAUCGAGUUCUGGGAGAGGCGCGUCCUGAAGAUCUCGGAUGGCAUCCAGCAUCUGGGGGCCCUGCGCUGGGAGCUGGCCCUGUGUCUCCUGCUCGCCUGGGUCAUCUGCUACUUCUGCAUCUGGAAGGGGGUCAAGUCCACGGGCAAGGUGGUAUACUUCACAGCCACGUUUCCUUACCUCAUGCUGGUGGUCCUGUUAAUUCGAGUGACGCUGCCAGGGGCAGCUCAAGGAAUUCAGUUCUACCUGUACCCAAACCUCACGCGACUGUGGGACCCCCAGGUGUGGAUGGAUGCUGGCACCCAGAUCUUCUUCUCCUUCGCCAUCUGCCUCGGGUGCCUGACGGCCCUGGGCAGCUACAACAAGUACCACAACAACUGCUACAGGGACUGCAUCGCCCUCUGCUUCCUCAAUAGCGGCACCAGCUUCGUGGCCGGGUUUGCCAUCUUCUCUAUCCUGGGCUUCAUGUCUCAGGAGCAGGGGGUGCCCAUCUCUGAGGUGGCCGAGUCAGGCCCCGGCCUGGCUUUCAUCGCCUACCCCAGGGCUGUGGUGAUGCUGCCCUUCUCUCCACUCUGGGCCUGCUGCUUCUUCUUCAUGGUCGUCCUCCUGGGGUUGGACAGCCAGUUUGUGUGCGUGGAAAGCCUGGUGACAGCACUGGUGGACAUGCAUCCCCGUGUGUUGCGUAAGAAGAACCGGAGGGAGGUCCUCAUCCUCGGAGUGUCUGUCACCUCCUUCCUCGUGGGGCUGGUCAUGCUCACAGAGGGCGGUAUGUACGUGUUUCAGCUCUUUGACUACUAUGCAGCCAGUGGCAUGUGCCUGCUGUUCGUGGCCAUCUUCGAGUCCCUCUGUGUGGCUUGGGCCUAUGGAGCAGGGCGCUUCUAUGACAACAUUGAACACAUGAUUGGGUACAGGCCAUGGCCCCUCAUCAAAUACUGCUGGCUCUUCCUCACACCAGCCGUGUGCACAGCCACCUUCCUCUUCUCCCUGAUCAAGUACACCCCGCUGACCUACAACAAGAAGUACAUGUACCCGUGGUGGGGCGAUGCCCUGGGCUGGCUCCUGGCUCUCUCCUCCAUGGUCUGCAUUCCCACCUGGAGCUUCUACAAACUCAGCACCCUCAAGGGCUCUCUCAGAGAGAGAGUUCGCCAGCUCAUGUGCCCAGCUGAGGACCUGCCCCAGUGGGACAGGGCAGGACCCUGCCCCGCAACACCCAGGACAUCACUUCUCAUACUCACAGAAGUGGAGUCUCACUGCUAGGGGGACAGGCCCUGGGACAGUCCAGUAAGCCUGGCUAUGGGGACAGUUGCAGAAGGAAAGGGCAGCAGCAGCCCCACUGUGUUUCUUUGUCCCACCGGGGUGGGCAAGACAAGAGGGGACAUUUGGAAUCCUCCUCCUGAGCUGGGCUUCCACCCCAGGUCCUCUGCUGCAGGGGUGGCUGGACCGGUGUGAAGGGCCAGUAUUAAGGGGACUUGGGAGGCUGCGGGAGGGACAGGAGCUCUUUUUGGCUUCACUUCAUUCCAUUAAAUCCACCUUCUUCCCACCAGCUGCUAGCACUUCCGCCUGGUUCCUGCCCCACCUCACUUGCUGCCUUGACCACCCCCUGAUUUUUAAAGUGGGCCCUUAGGCCUGCCCCCUCCCUCCCCCUUCCGGCACCCCUCCCCCCAGGUCCUCCAUCACCAGACCCUCCGGCAGAUGGGCCGGCUCACCUCUAUCCCCGCACCCGCCUCACCCCGCCCCAGUCCCUCCCCUCCUCCUUCACUUUGUGGAUAAGAAAGGCAAUGGAGGUUGGGGGGGGGCGUGACAAGGAAGGAGGCCCCUGAGCCCUUGCUGGAGGAGGGAGGAAACGAUGGUGAGCUUCUUCCCGCCCGAUUUCCCUUGCCGUGUCCUUGUCUGACCCCAGCCGCCAAAACGGUGUGUGUGCGCGCCCAGGGCUUGGUGCUAGGGGCGCGAGAGAGCGACAGCGGCGACCGCUGGCCCCAGGCGGCAGGUCCGCGAAGCUCUGGCAGAGCGGGGCACUACCCGGCUCGGCCAGCAGAGGGAGCACCUUCUCCGGGACCAUCACCGCGCAGCUCGGCCAGCAGGAUGGACUCUGACGCCGCCACGAGGGGUGGCACCGCGGCAACCUCCGCUGGGCUGCAGGGCCUGGGCGCUUGGAUCGCCUGACAGGAGACAGGUGGAAGGCAGAGCCUUUGCGCCCUCGGGACAAUGGACGUGGCCUCGGCCCUGCAGCGCCUCUCUCCGGGAACGUGUGUGGAGGGGGGCGUGGGGAAUGCGGGCACACAGCGCAUUUCUCCCCGACCCGUGGAGGUUCUCUGUUCAGAUGGCUCUUCUUCCAGGGCUGUUCCCGGGAGGGGGAUUCUUAGAACUGCAGACCGAGCUGCACAGUAUUCCCUGGGUGAUUUUCUUAGUUUACUUGUCAGGUAGUGGGAACGUGCACUGAAGGCUUUGCCUGAAGUCUUUGGGUUUUGAUUCUUUGUUGUUGGGAGAGUUUAUAAAAAUCAAUGACAGCAGCCCUACUGUGUGUCAGUCCUGGCGGCUCCUUCCUGGACAGUGACUGGCUGUGCACUCCCAUCCCCCCCCUCCAGGGUGCCAGGCUCAAGAGGGUCCUAAGAUGGGAGAAAUAAGUCUGCUGGAGAAACAGGCAGGAACUGGAGGUACCACACCUGGCAUCCCCACACGUCUGAGAGCAUGUGCGGUGCACUUGCUUCCUGAUGCUGUGCUGUGCUCAGGACCCACAGGAGCAAAAACAGAUGCAUCUCUUGAAGGACAAAUGCUAUGAGAGAAGAGCGCAGGCUCUGAGAAAAAACAAGUGGGUGUGGGAAGGAUGAUCUAGUUCAGGGGGUCUGGGAAGGCUGUUCUGAGGGUGAGAUAUGUCUCUCUCACCAUCUGACCGAAGUUGCGAGACCCUGGGCGGCCAGGGAGGUGGGCCGGUCAGUUGUGGAGAUUGACAGCUUUGUUAAUGUCAGGACAAUGUGAACCAGGAUCAGGAGGUAUGGGUUCUAGUCCUCACCUGCUGUGGACCUGCUGGUUUCUUUGUGGAAUUCGGGUCUUCAUUUUCUGCAGAGAUGAUACUGUACACCCCACCUACACUUGGGUUUGUGGACAUAUUUCAAGCAAAUUCAUCCUAUUCUCCACGACCCUACUCCCCCCUGCCCCACACUGGGCUGUCAGUGAAACAGAAAAGCCCAGAAAGAGCUUAGACACCUCUUGCUGCCUCUCUGGCUUUCCCAGCCCCAGGCAUCAGGCUGUAUUGGACCCCAGAAAGAAGGCUACACAUUUCUGACCUAAGCAUUUUUCCUAGGAGGCAAGAGAGAGGAGCUAAAAUAUCCUGCAUGCUCUGGCCCAAGGGUCCUGCUCAGCACCAGCAGUUUUGUCCAAGAAAAGCAAGACCUGAGUCCUCCAAGCCCUGAUCUUUCCCCUGAUUCUGGGAGAGCAAUGCCCUCCCAGAAGAGGGAAGACCGGGAUCAUUUUUUCCCUCAAGCUGCAUCCAUCCAUCCAUCCAUCCAUCCAUCCAUCCAUCCAUCCAUUCUUCCAUCCAACCAUCCAUUCAUCUAUCUUUCCUUCCUUUCCUCCCCCCUUCCCUUCUUUCCUUCCUUCCUUCCUUCUUUCCAUUCAUCCUUCCAUACAUCCAUUGGGUGCCUACUCUGAGCCAGCACUGUAUUGAAUGCUAGAGGCAGAAACAAAGAACUAUGAAAUGUGACCCUUUAGAUAGUCAGAGUCUGGAAACCAGUAUGCUGCAGUGGAAUGAGUGUGGAUUUUUGGAGCCGAGAGGCCCAGCCCAGCUUCAAAUCCCAGCUCCCUCAUUUACUAGUAUAUGGUCUUAGGACACAUCAUUAGCUUCUAUUCAUCCCAAUUUUCUUAUCUGUAAAAUGGGCUAAUAAUUCCUACAUUUCAAGGUCUUGUGAGGACAAGCUGGGGUAACAUGUAAAGCACUUGCCUGAGUUAGAUGCUCAGGAACUAGUGCCAUGCCAGGCCCUCUAAAAGCAGGUGUGGGUUAGAAGAUGGCCGUGGUGAGGAGAACAUUCAGUGGUUUUCACUGCAGCAUGAUAACAGAUUCAUUUAAGCAUAUUUCAUCUUGACUCUGGACCCUUCCCAACAUAGAAGCAGCCCAGCCCAGGUAGGGUUUCCAGGUAACUUAGGGAUUCCUACCUUUUGCAAAGACAGGGGUCUCCUGCCUCCAGGGGUUUACCAAUUGUUCUGAAUGCCCAGUGGGUUGGGUGGGCUUGAGUAAGGGGGGGAUGGGAGUUACAGGGAAGCCAGGUCUAGCAGGGCAGCUCUGUCCUGUGAAGUGAAGAAGAGAUGACACAGGUAAUCCCUUAUUACAGAAAGUCCUGCAGAAAGCCUACACACUGUAGGCACGAAGUAACAUUUUCAAAAGAAUGACUGAACCAGGAAACGCAUCCUCUGCCCAGCCUGAUUUUCUUCCCGCCCGCUCCCCCUCCCACAGAGACUGGGCCUUUUGUCCUGGAGUAGCUGCAACCAGGUGGUCACGUUGACUUUGGUGUCCCCUCGCAGCGGGCUGCGUGGUUGACACACGGUAGGCCCGGCGUGAAGGGUCAGGGCAUGGCAGCGAGCAGUCACCGCAUCCCAGCUGAGUGCAGGGGAAACGCCUCUGCCUCUGCGGAGCUGCACCCUCCCCGGCUCCGCCCACC